AGGGUAAGUUGCUUCAGGCAGUACCUAAAUCUUAUCACACUCAUUCUAAAUAUCGUGCAUCAUCGGUUUUGUUGCGUUCUACCACUACACAGUAACAGGUGUUUUACAAUAUCGCAAAUCACCAAUGUGGCCGUAGCAUUUCGCCUCUUCGACUUCACAUUUACCUCAUGGUACCCUUCCGGACAAUCCAGCCCAUCCCUGCGAUCGUCUCUCGAAGCUAUGCGACCAGGACGCCACCCCAGGGCCGUCGACUUCGCCCAACCUUGAGUCUGGACCACUUUCUCCAGCGUGCACGCGCCCUAGCCCUAUACCGUACCGUCCUACGCGGCACACGAUCCAUCGACGACCCCGCCACGCGCGCCGAGACGCGCAGCUUUGCGCGUGCCGAGUUUGAGCGUCACAGGGGCGUCACAGACAUAGAUCACAUACGAUACCUGUUGUCUACAGGCAAGACUGAGUGGGAAGCCAUGGAACGGUAUAUUGGUGGCAUGUAGCUAAUUCCCGGCGCUUUCAUCGUACAAUUGCUGGGGCGCUCUAGCUCUCUACACGUUCGCCUUGCUGUAUGCUCUUCACCGUGUAUAUAUCUGUCCCAGGCCGUGGUCGUAGUAUUACACAUGGUGAAGUAAAUAGGCUAACUGAACGAUAUUCGUGAAAUUCAUCGUAGGUCUUGUGUCGUAGUGAGUGGGAAAGUUUUCGGGACGUUGUCUCAAUGGGUUUCCAUGGUCGCCUUAGCCCUGGCGUUGCUUAUGUCUGGGAUUUGCACUGCAGAUAAUGUAAAGAUAGCCUCGGUGUCGUUUGCCACCUUUCCUCCGCACAACCUG